AUGUCUCCGGCGGCUGCGGCGGCUGGGGGAGGCGACCGGCGGCGGCCGAUAGCGAGUGUCAGGGAGGGCCGCGGCUGGGGCUGUGGCGGGCCGGCCGGGGCGGCGCUUCUCGGCCUGUCGCUGCUUGGCCUCGUGCUGUACCUGGUGCCGGCGGCGGCUGCGCUGGCCUGGUUGGCUGUGGGGGCUACUGCGGCCUGGUGGGGACUAAGCCGCGAGCCCAGAGGUUCGCGCGCCCUCUCCUCGCUCGUUUGGAACGCGCGGCGUCAGCGAACACUGCUCGCCUCGCCUCCUGCCAAAUCGGUAGCAAACGGAAAUCUCCUAGAGCCGCGGAGCCCGCUCGAAGGACCUGACCCCGCUGAACUGCUCCUCAUGGGCAGUUACCUGGGCAAGCCCGGCCCCCCGCAGCCUGCCCCCGCCCCGGAGGCCAGGGACCUGCGGGAGAGGCCGGGCCGCCGCCCUCCUGUCCGCACCGCAUCGCCGGCCCAGUCGGCGCGUCCCCAGCGUGUUCAGAUUCAUUCCUCCCUCCCCGCGUCUCUUCUCCGACCCUCCAGGAGGCCUUCCUACCGGGACUGUGGGACUUUAUCACAUCGGUUUGUAGUAACACCUCGAAGGCGCUAUCCAAUCCAGCAGGCCCAGUAUUCCUUGCUGGGGGUACUUCCCACAGUAUGCUGGAAUGGUUGUCACAAGAAGACCGUGCUGUCUGCUCGUAAUUCCAAAAUGGUGUGCAGCCCAGUGACAGUGAGGAUUGCGCCUCCGGACAGCAAACUGACUCGAUCUCCAGUACCAGAACAGAUUAUCAACUCAACACUGUCUUCACCAUCAAUUAGUGCCCCAGAUCCAUGUGCAAAGGAGACUGUACUGAAUGCCCUCAAAGAGAGAAAGAAAAGGACAGUGGAAGAGGAAGACCAAAUAUUUGCUGAUGGCCAGGAAAAUAAAAGAAGACGCCAUGAUAGCAGUGGGAGCGGACAUUCAGCAUUUGAGCCCCUGUUGGCCAAUGGAGUCCCUGCUGCUUUUGUGCCUAAGCCUGGGUCUCUCAAGAGAGGUCUUAAUUCACAGAACUCAGAUGAUCACCUGAAUAAGAGAUCCCGCACGUCUUCCGUGAGCUCCUUGACAAGCAGCACAUACACAGGCGGCAUCCCCAGCUCCAGCCGCAAUGCCAUCACCAGUUCUUACAGCUCCACUCGCGGGCUCUCUCAGCUGUGGAAGAGGAGUGGUCCCAGUUCAUCUCCGUUCUCCAGCCCAGCCUCAUCCCGUUCCCAGACACCAGAGAGGCCAGCAAAGAAAAUAAGAGAAGAGGAGCUUUCUCAUCAUUCUAGUUCUUCAACUCCAUUGGUAACAGACAAGGAGUCCCAGGGAGAGAAGGUUGCAGAUCCAACCACAUGGAAGAAGCAGAGCUCGUGGAAUUCCCCAUCAACACCUGGCAGCUCUGGGCAACGUAAACGGAAGGUCCAGCUGCUGCCCUCCAGGCGAGGAGACCAGCUGACCUUGCCUCCACCUCCCCAGCUUGGUUAUUCGAUCACUGCUGAGGACUUGGACUUGGAAAAGAAAGCUUCGUUACAGUGGUUUAACAAGGUCUUAGAGGAUAAGACUGAUGCUGCCUCAGCCUCUGUCACUAAGGCCUCACCUGCCAGUCAGUCUUCCUUCACUUUUACCUCGCCUGCCGCUGGGACUGCUUCAUCCCCAACCUCCCUCCAAGCCCCCAGCGCUAACCCACUGUUGGAGAGCUUAAAGAAGAUGCAGAAUUCCCCGGGCCUACCUCCCCUCCCUGAACCUGCUGGAGUGACCACCACUGUGGCCGAUUCGCCUCCGAAGACACCCGGUCCUCUGGCCUCUCUGAGCUCCUCACAGUCAGGGGCCGUUCCGGCCACCUCCUCUGACUCCAGAUCCACCACUGCUCUCUUGGGGCUGACCCCAGCUUCUUCCCCAGGACCCGUCACCGAUGCCGCCAAGUCUCCUUCGGCUGAGACAUCCGUCAAAUCCCAGGCCCUGUCUACCCCUCCUCCCAGUCCCAAGCAGAGUAUCCUGUUUGGAAUGCUGAGCACCCCAGCUGCUAACCCUCCUGCCUCUGUAGCCCCUGCUGUGUCUUCAGCAUCGCCCACAUUCAAACCCAUUUUUGUGGCCCCCCCGAAAAGCGAGAAUGGGGACCCCUUGCCCUCUAGCCCUUCCACGGUCACGGCCGUGGCAUCUUCCAGCUCGGCCCUCCCCACGACUACCAGCAGCCCAGCCCCCGCUUUCAAGCCAAUCUUUAGCAGCGUGGGGCCACCCACAUCUAUGCCCGGGUUAACUCCCUUCUUCAAGCAAACAGCUACUCUGGCCACUCCCACGAGUGCCCCUCUCUUCACUGGCCAGGCCACUGCCACCUCCACAGUGACUUCCGUGAGCACGGCCAGCACCUCCACAGACUCUGCCCCGAAGCCUGCCUUCAGCUUCGGUGUGAGCAGUGUGACCAGCACCCUGAGCAGCGUGACUAGCACCACUGCUUCCACCUCCCAGCCCUUCCUCUUUGGGACUCCCCCGACCUCUGGUGCCAGCUUCACCCCAACUGGGGGCUCCAUAUUCCAAUUUGGAAAGCCCCCCGCCAUGCCCGCCUCCACAUCAGUCACCACCUUUGGCCAGUCGCUUCCCAGUGCCCCUCAGACAGCCCCCAGCAGCAGCAGCAGCAGUGCUGGCUUCAGUGGUUUUGGCAGCAGCCUCAGCACCUCCGCCCCGGCCACCGCCGGCCAGCCCACGCUGACGUUCAGCAGCAGCACCGCCCCGGCCUUCAGCAUGCCCUUCGCCUCAGGCGCCAAGCCCCCGCUUGCAUCCCACCCGGGGGCCAACCCCCAGCCCACCUUCGGGGCCGCCGAGGGGCAGCCACAGGGGGCUGCCAAGCCGGCUCUCGUGCCCAGCUUUGGCAGCUCUUUUGCUUUUGGAAACUCUGCGGCUCCAGCCCCGACUGCAACCCCAGCGCCGACCCCAGCCCAGCCAGCGUUCGGUGGCGCUGCGCACCCGGCGUUCGGCGGUCUGAAAGCCACACCCUCCGCCUUUGGCACCACCGCCAGCACCCGGCCGGCCUUUGGCAGUGCCACAGCUGUUUUCUCCUUUGGUGCAGCCACCACCUCUGGCUUUGGCACUACCACACAGACCACCAGCAGCGGGACCAGCGGCUCAGUGUUCAGCAGCACGACGCCGUCGCCCUUCACGUUUGGGGGGCCUGUGGCCCCAGCUGGGAGUGGGGCCUUUGGGAUGAGUGUGGCCACCCCGGGCACCAGCGCUGCCUCUGGAGCGUUUGGCUUCGGGGCAGGACAGAGUGGGACCACUGGCAGCACAGCGCCUUUUGGGGGAGGCUUGAGUCAAAACAGCUUGGGCGCACCCAACCAGAACACACCCUUUGCCUUCAAUGUGACCACGCCGGACAGCAAACCUGUGUUUGGAGGCACCUCCACGCCCACCUUCGGUCAGAACACCCCAGCCCCUGCAGUGGGCGCAGCUGGCAGCAGCCUCUCCUUUGGGGCGUCCUCAGCGCCUGCCCAAGGCUUUGUCGGAGUCGGACCUUUCGGAUCGACAGCCCCUUCCUUUUCCAUUGGUGCGGGAUCCAAGACCCCAGGGGCUCGACAGCGGCUGCAGGCCCGGAGGCAGCAUACCCGCAAGAAGUAG